UCUGCGCAUGCUCACCGGAAGUAAACAAAUCAGCAUGGCAGCACGCUGCUUGGAAAGAAGCGAUCGGCAGUAUUGAUGAUAAACGUAUCGAUACAGUUAUUGUCGCUGCUGAGGGGAGGAGUUGAUCAUCGAUCAACUGAUGGUUUAAUCAGUCAGCUGCAGGAUGGAAGCAGUGAGGAAUCGACUGGCCGAGUGUUCACAGGAGGCUCACGAUCUGUACCUGAACCAAUCGGUGCCCUACCUGGACGGGCCACCUGAGCCGCUGCAGUUCCACCGUGACUGGAUCGCUCCAAACAAGCCCUGCAUCAUCCGCAACGCCUUCAGCCACUGGCCAGCCCUGGCCAAGUGGAGCCCUGACUAUCUGAGGGAGAAGGUGGGGUCAAAGGUCAUAAGCGUGGCAGUGACUCCAAAUGGCUACGCCGACGCGGUAAAUGGAGAUCGAUUUGUGAUGCCUGAAGAGAGACAGAUGAGCUUCUCCUCUGUUCUUGACAUCAUCGAGGGGAAGGUGGACAAAGGGGGCGGAGUCUUCUAUGUCCAGAAGCAGUGCUCCAACCUGCUGCAGGAGCUGCCCGAGCUCACUGCUGACGUACAGCCGCACAUUGCCUGGAUGAGCACGGCACUUGGAAAGCUGCCGGACGCUGUGAACUUUUGGCUCGGAGAGGCGAACGCCAUCACCUCCAUGCACAAAGAUCACUACGAGAAUCUUUACUGCGUCGUCUCUGGAGAGAAACACUUUGUUUUGAUGCCGCCCACAGACCGCCCUUUCAUCCCCUAUGGUUUGUUCCAACCAGCCGUUUACCAUCAGAGAGAUGACGGCGAGUUCGAGGUCAUCGAUCAGAGCGACUCAGAGAUGGUCCCAUGGAUCCCUCUGGACCCACUGAACCCGGACCUGGAGCGGUUCCCGCAGUACCGCCGGGCGCGGCCGCUCCACUGCAGCGUGAAGGCCGGAGAGAUGCUGUACUUGCCGUCGCUGUGGUUCCACCACGUACAGCAGUCACACGGCUGCAUCGCAGUGAACUUCUGGUACGACAUGGACUACGACAUCAAGUACAACUACUUUCAACUGCUGGAGGCUCUGUGUGAGGUCACAAGGUCCACGUGACAUCACAGCGACAGUGCCACAUGGCCAAUGAAGUUUUGUUUCUGUGGUGUUUGCAGGUCAAAGUUGGUCAGAAAAUACAUUUGACUAAAGCUCCUCUCCUUCAUCGUUGGAGUCGUCAUCAGCAGCCCAGCCAUGGUUUCCCACGAUUCUUUAUUCACUUUGAGAAUAAAAUUUAUUGUUCUGUCACUGAAAACUUCAUCAAUAACGUUCACCUGGCGUGGAUUGAUUCCACUUCCUGUUAGUGCCUUUGAACGAGCUGCGGAUCAAUAAAAAUAAAAGUCAAACUUUC